UCUCUGUCACUUGUGGGUUGUGGGGUCUUGAAUCAUCAGACUGCGAAUUGCAGCCAAAGGAUUUUAUAUUAUUUUAUAAAUAAGAUCGUUGCAACCGUGUUUUCACACAGGAAUAAAAUGUCGCGUGGAGGAGAACGGCCGAGUCAAGCACAGACGUAUAAGCUGGUAGUUGUCGGAGGCGGUGGGGUCGGCAAGAGCGCUAUCACGAUACAGUUUAUUCAGAGCUAUUUCGUAACGGACUAUGACCCGACCAUUGAGGACAGCUACACCAAACAGUGCGUCAUUGAUGACAUUCCAGCCAAGCUGGAUAUUCUGGACACGGCGGGGCAGGAAGAGUUCAGCGCGAUGCGCGAGCAGUACAUGCGGUCGGGCGAGGGCUUCCUGCUGGUGUUCUCAGUGGCCGACCACGCCAGCUUCGACGAACUGUACAAGUUCCACAAGCAGAUCCUGCGCGUCAAGGACCGCGAUGAAUUCCCCAUGCUGAUGGUCGGGAACAAGGCGGACCUCGACACGCAGCGAGUGGUGUCGCUAGAGCAAGCGCAGGCGCUGUCACGUCAGCUGAAGGUUCCGUACAUCGAAUGCAGCGCCAAGGCGCGGAUGAACGUUGACCAGGCGUUCCACGAGCUCGUGCGACUCGUGCGCCGCUUCCAGGAGGCCGAACGCAUCAACAUCAAGAGCGAACAACGCGCCAACCGCAAGAAACGGUGCACGAUCCUCUAAGACUGCUGAGUUUAAAACCACUGCAACAGACUUACGAUACUAUCGUAUUUCAUCUCACUUCAACACUAAAACGACUAAAGGGGAGACAUAACGACCAAUCACAGCGCACGAGAGAGCGGGAGGACACGCUCUGUCUCUCUCACGCAUGCGGCGACCGGCCGAUUUGUAUCUCCGCUCCGCUUUAGUGGGGGGUACCCGCUACCCACUGUUAGAUACCGAUCCUGGCCUCGCUACUGUCUAAGAUAAACAAAGCUAGUUUUAAAUUUUACUAUCAAGCGGACUGAAAAACUUCGUAGUAAAAUUAUCAAAACAGUUUAUCUCAAUUUUACUGUUCUAAAACUAUCUCGAUCCCUUUCUAACUCUCAUCUUAAGUGAAGGCACUAUUGCUUUCUCACUCGUUCUUGUAACGUUCAGUAUAAAAUAUUGUAGUAUCAUUUGUCUGCAGUGGGCAAAAUACGAUUGUACUAUUUUAAUUCGCGGUCGAAUCUGUCCUUUUGGCUGCAAUGACGCGACCACUUCGACCAGGGUCUCAAAGGUUUUUAAGUAGUGUUGCCUAUCGAUAUACUAUAUAUUUGUAUAUAAAUAGUCACUAUUGAUUGUUCAAAGCUAUCGGUCGAAUUACCAAUGAGAAACUUUUCAGGCUAUGUUCCUCAAAAUCAAUAUAGAUGGCGCUGUAUAGAUUUUUCUCCGUUAACCUUCUAAAUUCAUGGGUACAUAACAUCGUUUACCUUUAUAUGGGUAGAAAUGAUGACCCUUCCACCCAUUAAUAUUCUGAUCAAAAUAAAGAGAAUCAAUAUAAGUAGCAACUUGACUCUAUGCAUAAUGUGAUCCAAAUAUCAAGCAACAAUUAGUUUUAUGCUGCCAUUACAUUGUAUUUUGGAGUAAUUAUGUACCCGGGUAACGAGAAAUUAGGUAAUUAUCACAUUAAAGCUGUACAACGCCAUCUAUAUUGUUUUGGUGAACGUAGCCUGGAAAAUCCCUCAUAGUUUUGAACUAUCGACAGUGUCUUUCUAUCGAUAGUUCUUGCUAUGGUAUAAGAAAACCAGGUAUGCUCAAAACUGACAGCUAGCAUUUCAAGGUUAGCCCUGCUGACGUCAACCCACCCUACGUUGCCAUUUCGUAAAAAGUGAAUUUACUUUGCCAGGAAAUUUUGUACUUUUAGUAACAGAUUUACGUACAGUUUUAGUUAUUUUUAUAUAUGCGACAAAUAAUAGUAUUUAAUUAGUCAGUAAUUCACUUAAUUUUCAAUAAUAAAAUUUACGUCCUUGGAAUGGAGAUAAAAAAUACCUGGUCUUCUUAUACCAUGGUUUUGGUCACGACACGAGCUAUCGAUAGUAUCGAUGAUUUUCAAGGUCAACUGUCGAUUGUCAAACAAAUCGAUAGUUCGGCACAGUAUUUUUAAGGCAGUCCCUCGAGUAACCUAUUUUAGUUAUUUCCUCCAUAGGUUUUGAGACCCUCGUCGUAACCUUUUAUGUUUACCUGUUUAGUCUUCCGAUUACUUGUAGAGUAAUAUAACAUAUACAUCCUUCAACAUUAAUAGCUAAUAUUAGCUAGUACUCUUACAAUGGACGAUUCUCUUGACCCCAAUUUUUUUAGCCGAUGCGGUUAAUAUGUACACAAUUUUCUGUAAAACCAUUUACUAAAGUUAUUUAAUUUAUUACCAAAAAAAACUUAUUUAUUCGCCGCGAAGCAAUUCGGAAAAUACGAAACGUUUUCGACCGUGUAUUAAACACUUUUUUUUAAUUCGCUCGUUUGGAUGCUGGACGCCAUAAAAUCAAUUUCCCAUUUUGUUUUCAUUUAGACCUGGUAUCCAGUAUUCAAACGUAUUCUUUUUCGAUUUGGUUUUGUAUGGGUUGUAAACUAACGACUGGCACGGAUGUAUUAAAAUAAAGAAAAAAAGUAAAAAAAAAAAACAAAAGAUAUAGCCGUGCCUUUUGUUUUUGACGUAUUUUUUAUUUGAAAUAAUUUAUCGAGUUGUUUACUAAGGUAUUUUGAUAAUUGGCCUUAUGUGAUAAGGCAUUUAUUUUAGUUAACUGUUUUAUAAGCUAUGUAUUACGUAUUUAUAUUAAUCAGGUGUUCCGUGGACGAUUGAAAACGAAAAUCGGAAUAUUACCUACGUUCCCAUAAAAAAACAUCAAAAUUUGUAAUAUGGUCACUAGAUGACUAUGUAGCGUUUUACGUGUAAUAGUAUUUAAAUAUUUAUUUAUGGGACACUAUUCCGAUCUUCUCAGCUACAUUUAAUAUUCUGUAACUUUGUCUCCCUUACCCCUACUUGGUGCCAUACUUACAUACUGUGAAGAUACGCCAAAUAUGCUUUAAAUCGAGCUUUAAUUAUCCCUCAACUGUUUCUGAUGCGGUCUCUCAACUAGUUUCUACUUAAAAUAUGAAAAAAUCCAAAAAUCUAUUAAAAACGUACUUUGGUUAAAAAAAUUAAAACAUAUGGCUAUAAUCACUAAGGCCACGUUCACACGCACACGCGAAAUAUAUUGAUAUUUUGCGUAACUAUGAGGUAUACGAUAUUUUUAACCUUAUUACACGUAGUCUAUGAGUGAAAAUCCCGUGUCCAAAAUAUAUUUCACAUAUACCAUCUGAACUUGUCACCGAGAAAGCUGCAUUUCUCGUAUACGCGAAAAACAACGAAUCGGAUAGUCGCCGUGUGAACGUAGCCUAAUAGUUUAGAACAAUGUCGGCACUUCUUGCUCUGUGCGUCGAUGUCAUCUAGUGUUAUGUUUAUUUGAAUAGUAAUAUAUAAAUAAAUAAUAAAAACAUAAAUUCACCACUUUAAACCAACCAAUCAAGUAAGGAUUUAUUGCAAAUUAUAAUCCAUAACGCCUUAUGCCUCGUUUACAAUUUGUGAAGUAACCCAGUUGAGCAGAUCUAGUGGUCUGAGCUUAAUUUUAAAGUAGUUAAAUAGUUCUAAAACUAACUGCGCCGUCUCUUAUUUUUAAACCUGGCUAACUUAAAUAUAAUUAAGUUUUGUGCACCGGAAUCGAGGCCAGUGACAUUUUUUUUUCACUUAGUUGCGCGCCAGCCGUAAUUGUUAACUUAAAAUUAAGUUAAAUUUAAGUUGCACUUCAUACAUGUAAACGAGCAUUUACGCACAGAGCAAGUAAGUAGACACGUGAGGUUGACCGCCUUUUAGCACAAUUUAAAAAAGGUGCUAUUUAGUAAUCAUUCUAUUAAUACUUACUAAAUAUUUAUAUUAAAAAAAUAUGGUACGUUAAAUAAUGCAAUCUUUAAUCUAAGACUGUUUGAGUGAAAGUUUUUUGUUUUAUUGAUUGUUUCACAUUUUGGCAGACAUAUUCUUAAUUCUAUUUCAUUUGUCAGUUCUAAAACUAGCGCCGUUCGUUACUUACGAUGAGCUAGUAUUAGAACUGUCAAACUUAAAUAAUUUUAAGGUGUCUCCCAGAAUCGACACCAUUGACGGUAUUCAAUAUAUUGUUCUCUUUGCGUUUCUUAAGGUCUAUGGCAGAUGUUCUGAAAGCCGUUAAGAUCCUUGCAUGCCUAUUCCUGCUGUAAUUGACACUAUCGAGGUACAAAAGUGGAUUAAAAAAAUAACACAGUCUAAAAUAAUUUAUAAAAAAGCAUUCUUAGGUAAAAGUUUUGUAUGACGUACUGUAUAAUACUGAUGCAGUGGGCCUAGUCAAAGCGCUUUACGCUUUCGUUAACACCAUAGUUCAAAAAUAAUAGUUAUAGAAUGGGGUAUAAAAAUACCUAUUUCUCCCACCAGGUGUCGCCACUGUUACAUUUUCUUAAAUUUUGACAGUUCCCCAUACUAUUUGAGUAAACAAACAUAUUGUUUUGGUUAUAUUUUCACACUAUUACCCUUUGCGCAGCUUUUAUUUUAAAAAUCAUAGUGUUAUAUUUAUUUCCUAAAGAUUUGUUUUUUUUUCCGAAAGAAAAAAACUUAUUUCGAAAAACUUAAUUUCAAUCAAAACUGCAUUUUUUCCAACUGGAUGCUUUUUUUUCGUAACUCAUCCUUCAGACUUGGACAGUAUGGAGAACUGUCAGAAUUUAAGAACACUCAACAGUGCUGCCACCUACAUUUGAGCUUCUAGUUUUUAUUCUCAUUAACGUAAGCUUUUGUUUGUUUACAUUAGUCCCAUAUAGUAUUGUUAUUCCAUUCGCACGCGUUUUGUAUUCAAUAUAGUUAACGAAAAGCGUUUUGGCUAGGUUUGAUUUCGACGUCCUUAAAAAAGGACUUCUUUAUGCCGAACUUAUUAAACUCUGCAAAACAGAAAAGUAAAAAAGUUUAAUAUGUAACAUUUGACCAUACUGUAUUUUUAUAUAGAAUCCACUUUUUGGAGGGUCUGUUUUAACACUUGCUGAUAAUGGAACUACUCUACCAUUUAAUUUCCGGAUAGAAUAUCAGCAAGGUGGUUAAAAUGGCCACAUCGAAGCAAUUCAUCUAAGAAAGCAAUAUUGCUAUGUGACAUUUGUUUGCAUUGCGCACUUACUUUUAUAUGCGCAAAUGUCAUAUUGCGAAUUGCUUCGAUAUGGCCAUUUUAACCCCCCUGGUCCGGUCUCUUAUAUAUAUAUAUUUUGAAGCUAACCAAUGUUCACUACCAGAGGCGCUCUUUCAUUACUCUAUUUCCCCACUAGAUGUCGCUGACCGUGUAAACUUAAAUGCGGCAAUAAGUGCCAUCUAGUGGCGGUGUGUCGUAUCGCGCGGUUUAGCGACAACCUUUCCAGAAUGGCGAGAGACAUUCUGUAUUACGUAGCAUGUUCGUUACACUUAUUGGCAAGUUGUAAUAUGAACCCAAAUCAUAGUUUUCUGUUCACACAUAAAACAAGAAUAAAUAAAUGUAUACUUAAUAUUAUUUGCUCAGUGAGAUCAUUUACAGAUUUAAGCAUGAAUAAAGAAGUUUAUAGUACGCAGCAAAAUAUAAUAUAACUUAUAUUUUUUAAAUUUCAGUUUGGUGUGUACUAUUGAUUUCGAUAAACUUUAUUUGUAAACUUACUAUGCUUUUACUUCCAAUGUUUCAAUUUUAAGACUUAUUGUCAUUUUAAACUCUGUAAAUUACGACAAAUGUUAAUCAUCGUAUCCAUUGCCACUUUUGUGUCCGGAAAAAUAGUCAAAAUUCAAUUAUUAAUCAGUAUAGGAUCGUUAGAAAAUAGGUACUUAUUGAGAGUUAAGCAAGGUUAUAUUUUACUUUCCAAUGAUAUAAUUGCUUCUGUCUCGAAAUUUCUUAUCGCUAAGAAACAACCUUGUUGCAAAUAUUAAAAAAAAAAUGUUACUAUAAGGAUUGGUAACCAAUUUUUUUUGACAUUUCUUUUUUCUACUUACUUUAUACAUAUAACCACGGAAUAGAAAAAAAUAGGUUGGAAGGGCCAAGUGAGUGAGAAAUACGCGUCAUACAAGUAUGAGCACAUAUUUAAUACUUCACCUUUUGGAUUGCACUCGUGCGCAAACUUUACGACUGUCGUCUUGUGCAUUAUAAUCUGCAGGGCACAAAAUCAAAUAUCGACUAUCAUGCAAGGAGACCUCUCCCUAUCACAGGAAAGCUGAAAACCUUAGUAUAUUCGGCUAUUUACCAAAAAAUUAUUUUGAAACUAUCACAUAAAAUAUACAUUGCCGGUAAAGUCGCUAUGGAUUUGAGAAGCAUUAGAGCUAUCGUAGUUAUCUGUUUGCAGAGUUAGUAGUGAAGUGGGGUUGAACCGGCGACAGCGGUUCUCAUACUAAAUCCGCGUCACGCCCAUCCAUCCUUUUUCUUCUAUUCCGUGCAUAUAACAAUCCAACCGUUGAUACCUUUGACUAUCUACUGCCAUUUACUAGUAUACUUUUGGACUAACUUUCGGGUGAUUUAAAACUAUUCGUACGAGUGACGUACGCGCAAACCAAAUACUAAUUUGUAUAAUCAAUGUUGUGUGCAAUGCGCGAGGUCCGACGUACUGUUUAGGUCUGUGCAAAGAAGAGACAGUCCUCAGGGCGCUUUUUGUCCGCACUUACUGAGCCUAUAAGGUCGAAUAUACAUACGGAAACGCACACCUUUAAUCCUUAAAGGAGUGGGUAGCACUAAUAAUCAGAAAAACGCAAACUUUUAAUAUAACUACGAGUUUAUUUUAACUACGAGUACGCCUUAGUAAUGAUAUCGCGGACUAAAAAGUGCACGGAAAGAUUGUUGCGUCUGGGCAGGUUUUGGAGCUACCCAACCUUCGUUGUUAUAAAAAAGGACUGAAACAUAAUAUACAGCCAGUCUCUUUUGCACUAAGGUGUAUUUUAUAUUGACUUAUCGGGGAAGCACUCGCGUCACGACAACCCGAAGUUCCACUAGUAGACGCUGUGCGCUGUCAUAGAUAGACAUCCUACGUCUGUUCGUCGAUAGUCUGCACGUGCAGGAACUGUCAAAUCGUCAUCGUAUUGAUAUUCGAGUAAAAUAAGUAGUUCAAUUUACCCCGUGGCGACGGUUUUUAAAUUACUUGUGCCUGAAUAUAUCACCUGACGUACAGUUGUAUAAGAAGAAUAGGAUUGUUUUUAUUGUGACCAUGUUAACGUAAUUCCGCAAUUUCCGAGCCAACGGUUCAUGAAAUAAGUUACUACCUCGGCGACUUUAACCGUCGACCUCGCGCCCUGCCUGCAACAUAAAGUGUAAUUAUUUUUGUUAUUUCUUUUUUUGUUCAAUUGUUAAUCGUAAGGUAACCUAGCGUAGUAUCUCGUACGUCGGUACGGGCUGUGUUUUUGAUGCCAAAGUAUUGUUUAGCGCCAAACUUACAUCUUUUUAUUUAAUUUAUCGCCAUUGGCGCUCCUCAACACUCAGGCCUCAUCAAAAACACACAUGUAACCCCUUCGAGUUCUCUCACCAGACUAACUGAAGUCUCCUGUGAAAACUCAACCUUUUUGUACAUUAAUUUUAGAGAGAUAUACUAUAUUAUAUUUUUUAUAAACUAUUGAUUUUACCCACUUUUUGCUAAGCGAAAACUUGUGAUGCACGAGGGUUUUGAUAAGAAAGUAUACAAUGUCGAAACUAGCCUUUUGUAAAGUGAGAAGAGGAUUUGUGCUGUAACAUCGUAGAGUAGGCAUGUGUGUAAGUGUGUGGGCGACCUGCUACUGGCGUGGAGUACAGGCUUAGUGCUUCUAUUUUAUUAAUCUCCUCGGAAAUGGUCGUUUUUCCGAAUACAAACAAAUGCUAAUUUCCAUGUUCAUCAAUUAUUAUAUUUAUCUUGUAUCAGAAUUUAAAUUCAGAACUAAAUACUUUAUUAUUGUUCUUCACAAUAAUAAUAGUUACUUCAACAAGUACUGGGUUUCAUACUCGGUUCCAGUAGCAAGUUUAUCACUAGUAAAUGAUUUGAUGAAGUUAGUACGAGUGAAAAGUAUUAACAAAAUUAUAAAAUAUAGGGUCCGCGCAAGAUGCGCUUUAGCGUAUUUAAAAGAUUUUUUGGCCUUGACAAAUUAAUUCGGAAAUAUUCAAAGAAGCAGGACGGUAGCGACGGAACCAAAAACAUUAAAUUAAGUACUAAACUCUACACAAAAUAAAUUACUAAACUUGUCAAUACGCACAACACUGUAAAAUAUUAUAUUUCCCAAAUUUUAUAUUCCUUUUUAGGGUACCAAAAGUGUUUCUUUAGUCUUUUUUUUGGAGUUUGGUAACUUAGUAAUGACUAAGUGGCUCCAUUAUGCAACUCUUAAGCAAACAAACACAUACAAAUAUGGUAGGUAUACUUAGACGACGAUUUAUUUUGUUCAUGUCACUGCCGUCUAUCCAAUGUGAAUUAUCCUUAACUUUUUACAAUACGUUACCCCGUACGCUAAGUUGUCCCGUAUCGGAGGGCGCCGAUCUUGAGCGGACCCAAAUAGUAUUCUUUUUUACUGUAAUAUCACUACUGACUGUUAAAAGAUUUAAAUAACAAAGUUUAGGGUCUCGUGUGCAGGCACCAGCUUCACUCCCUCGGUCGAAUAAAACUUACAGAAUGUUUCGUAAAAUAUACCUAUAUUUACUUCUACAUAUUGACUAAUUUAUGUAAUAAUUUUAAAUAAACUAAAAUAAUAUUUUAGAAAACUUAUAAUUCAAGUCUUGAUACAAUUACUUUGUUGCUAUAUAUGUCAAAAGUUUUAAUGGGGUAAAAAUAUCUUCUUUUUAAAGCAUCCUUUUUAAAGUUUAUCUUCCAACGUCGACGACGAAUCGACCUCCAAAGUCACCUUCCAAGUACAGUAUAGGCUGAGUGCAAAUAUUACGAGACCCUAAAGUUAAUGUUAAUUAUUAAAACAAUUGUCGAAAAGAAGGAAAGACAAACUAUUCGCGAGUCGUCGACUAAUAACGGUCAUUGCAUAUCUAAUGUUUCAGCAUUCAAAUUCGGGUUUUAAUAUCAAGAAAUACAAAGGAAGUAUAUGCGAUUGAUGUAAGUUAAUUAGAUUGUUUCAAGCCUGUAAAGUAAAUCUUCUGCUGGCGUCAACGCUAGUAGGACUUUGCUAACCGAGUUGGUGCUGAGGCGAUAGAUGUGCGACAACCUUAACACGAUUACUUUGUUUUCCACUGUAUAUGUCCCAGUUACACAGGGUGGUAUAUUUUAUGACCGGCGAUCGGAUAUUCGAGCGCUAUUUGCCUAAACUUCAUAAUCCAGCGGCUACAUAAAAAAAAUCCCGGGUCGAAUAAAAUGUUACGAUGGCUUAAAAAUUUGUUAGGUUUCCGGUUUUUAACAGUCCCGGUUUCGCGGGCGGGAUAUUUUCAAUACAAAAGUAAAAAAAAACCAUAAAAAUCCCGGGUCGAAUAAAAUGUUAUGAUGGCUUAAAAUUUGUUAGGUUUCCGGUUUUUAACAGUCCGGUUUCGCGGGCGGGAUAUUUUCAAUACAAAUUAGCGCCCGAAUCCGAUCACUGUUUAUGACAUUAAUGUUUAUAAUUAGAUAUAUUAAGUCGUAUAAACGUCUGUGUCAAAGUUAAUAUCUUAAAAUAAGUACAUUAAAAUUAAAAAUAACAUAAUAAUUAAAUGAACAUGUACUUUGGGUACUUUGCCGAAACUGUAUGUUUAAUAUCGAUCAAAUGAGAUGAGGCUUAUGGUCCUUUCAAGCAUUGUUCUUUAAAAGAUAUCACCCUGACAUUCUUUAUAAAUGAAAUUCCUUCUUGUACAGCAUGCAACACUCGAUGCUCGAGUACACUUGUGUUCUAGUUUGUAUGUAGUAAUAUUUUUAUAACGCCGCCAUUCAAUGCGCGCCGCGGGAGAAAGCUUGUCGAUUACAGAUUUCUCUUUAAUCCGCGCCAUUUUGUAAACAAAUAUGGCGCUCCAUGGCUUACUCUUUUGCGGCGCGGAUUGCUCAGCGCCUAAUCAUUGUGUGAGUUAACAUUAAAAUAUAUAAAUAUAUAUUCACUAGACUCUUUGUGAAACGAAAAUGUAUCAAAUAAAUAUUAAAAAUCAAUAGGGUAUUUGA